UGCGGCGGAAGUAGUUGCCGUUACGUCCAUGCCUGUCAGCGAACGCAGUUGCUUUAUCCUUCACAUGUUCCCGUGCAUAUAAUCUGUAAGUAAAGUUUCGCCAUGGCUGAUUUUAGUUCCAGCUUUGAUAUGCCGUCGGCUAGUUCAUCUGAAAAUGCUGAUGCUGCGGAGCUUCAGCGUCUGAUUGCAGUGGAGCAGCAAAAGGCUCAGUUUCAAGCGCAGGUUCACAACUUUACGGAUGUUUGCUGGGAUAAGUGCGUGGACAAACCGAGCUCCAAGUUGGACUCACGAACUGAGACUUGUCUCGUUAGCUGCGUGGAGCGUUUCAUCGACACGACGCUCACCAUCACCAACCGCUUUACGCAGAUGGUCCAGAAGGGCGCACACUGAUUGAAGGACACCGUCAAGAACCUCAAGGACAAUUACCAUAUUCUGGUACACGUAUAAUCCAGGAGAAUGUUUUACUGCUCUUUAGGGAUGUGGUGAACCCUUUCACCCUCGCGGACAAAAAUGACUUAAAGCCCUUUCUCAUAGACUCUGAAAUGUUUAUGAUACGUGCUACUAAUACAACCAGAAAAGAACGAUUAUUUUUUUUAUUUUGGCAGCUUAUAGUACUGACUGUCCACAUCUGUAAACCUGACUAGUGUAAUUAUCACUUCAAAUAAAUCAGAGGUUUUAAAGAAA